CCCCCAUCAACCGUCAUGGCUACCGAAGAGAGGACCACGCCAGUCGUGCCGCACAAGCAGAUCGAUGGAGACUACCCGCUCAUCGACAGUGACCCUCACUUCAAGCGAGUGGUGAAAUAUGCUCGGCCCUCCGACUGGGCUUACGGCGCCGGAUUCUCAGCCAUUGGUCCCGCGCUGAUGCUCUACUGGGAGCGAGUCUCCCCGUCCUAUGUCGGCAAAGGCGGUUUCGCACCCAUUAUGCGCCUAACGGGAGCAAUUGGUCUCACCGGCGGCUUUCUUUUAGUAUACUCCAAUUCCAUCCACCGCUUCUACGGCGCGAGCGAGAACCGACGGGAAAUCGACAUGGACAUGCGGGAGAUGGUGGACAGAGUCAAGGCGGGCGAGCCGCUGUACGGCAAAUCGUCGCUGUCGGAGCACUUGCAGGGCGUUGCAGCGCGCAACUCGAGAUACGCAGGCACCUUCAUUCACGUGCUUCCGUGGUUCAACUUUGUUAAUCACCCGCAUCAUGGUGUGGACACGGCGAAGUACUAUCGGCAGGCUGAGCGGGAGCUGGAGGAGGAGCGGACUAAGUCGUGAGGGGCAUUUCUGAGCUCUCUUCCCCAUUUCGGGUUUUUCGUUUGGUGCGUGGUUGUAAAUAAGUAUGUGCUAUCAAAUCUAAAAUGCCCAAAUGCAUCGCUCACAAUGCCGCCCUCCACUCUGGCGCGCUGUAUACAGCUAUUCAUGGGUAACUAUACGACAG